GGCGAUCCCGACUCUCCUGCGGCUGCCGCAGCUGCCGGUUGCACACGGCCUGGGCGGCGGGCGCGGGCCUGGGGAGCGGCGGCCCGGCGCGCGGCCCGGAGGGCACCCCUGAGAGGGCGGCCGAGGAAGCUGCCGGAGGCGACGGCGGUGAAGGAGGAGGGAGGCUGCGGCGGCCGCGGGACCGCUCGGCCUCUCCGCCCCCUCGCAGCCUUUCUUUCGCCCUCUUCCUUCACUCUCGGGACCGCCGCCUCGGCUUUGUGCGCGGAGAUGGUGUAGCCCCCUGGCCGCCCCAGGAAGCCUCCGGCCACUUGUCUCGCGUCUCCCGGCUGCGUCCCCGCCCCUGGAGAACGGACCCCCCUGGGCUCGGCGCCUGCCGCGUCUCCCGGCUGCUGGGGAAGCCUCGGCGCCGCCGGCACCAUGAGCGACUCUGCAGGCUAGGUAUCAUCCUCAUUAAUGCCCUUGCUGCUGGAGAAUUCGAGGCUAGUGAGUGAUGGAACCUGGACCUGACCCCAGCAGUGUCUCACUUGCGUACCUUGAACAGAGUAUCUGUCAGGCAAGAGCUGCUGUGAUGGUUUAUGAUGAUGCCAAUAAGAAGUGGGUGCCAGCUGGUGGCUCAACUGGGUUCAGCAGAGUCCAUAUCUAUCACCACACAGGCAACAACACAUUCCGAGUGGUGGGCAGGAAGAUCCAGGACCAUCAGGUGGUGAUAAAUUGUGCCAUUCCUAAAGGGCUGAAGUACAACCAAGCCACCCAGACCUUCCACCAAUGGCGAGAUGCUAGACAGGUGUACGGUCUCAACUUCGGCAGCAAAGAGGAUGCCAAUGUCUUUGCAAGUGCCAUGAUGCACGCCUUAGAAGUGUUGAAUUCACAGGAAACAGGGCCGACAUUGCCUAGACAAAACUCACAGCUACCUGCCCAAGUUCAAAAUGGCCCCUCACAAGAAGAAUUGGAAAUUCAAAGAAGGCAACUUCAAGAACAGCAACGACAGAAGGAGCUGGAGCGGGAAAGGCUGGAGAGAGAAAGGAUGGAAAGGGAGCGGCUGGAGAGGGAGCGGUCCGAGAGGGAGAGGCUGGAACGGGAGCGCCUGGAGCAGGAGCAGCUGGAGCGCGAGCGGCUGGAGCGGGUGGAGCGGGAGCGCGAGCGGCAGGAGAGGUUGGAGCGCGAGCGGCAGGAGCGGGAGCGGCUGGAGCGUGAGCGGCAGGAGCAGCUGGAGCGGGAGCAGCUGGAGUGGGAGCGGGAGCGGAGAAUAUCCAGCACUGCGCCACCUUCCGACAGCUCCCUGUAUAGCGCUCCACUUCCCGAGUAUGCCAGUUGCCAGCCUCCUCCGGCACCUCCUCCAUCACACGCUAAAGUCAUCUCCGCUGCAGUGUCAGAGGCCACUCCUGAUUACGCUGUAGUGACCGCUUUGCCACCUACUUCCACACCCCCCACACCACCACUGCGACACUCAGCGACACGUUUUGCAACCUCCUUAGGGUCAGCCUUCCACCCCGUCCUUCCCCAUUACGCUACAGCUCCUCGUCCUCUGCACAAAAGCUCUCGGCCUUCUUCUCCUGUGAACGCACCCUCUUCUCAGCCUCCUGCUGCGAAGCCCUGUGCCUGGUCUCCUUCCAGUUUCUCGCCCCUCCCUCCGUCUCCUCCAGUAAUGAUCAGCAGCCCCCCUGGCAAAGCUGCUGGUCCGAGGCCUGUCCUCCCUGUCUGUGUUUCUUCUCCUGUGCCCCAAAUGCCUCCAUCACCAACAGCACCCACUGGGCUGCUGGACUCUGUCACACACCCAGUGUCUCCGCCGCCUACCUCAGGGCCAGCGCCGCCGCCGCCGCCGCCUCCACUGCCUCCCCUCGCGCCACUGUCACACUGUGGACCUCAAGCUUCUCCUCCUCCAAGCACCCCUGUUGCCUCAACUCCCUCAUCCAAGCCUAGUGUUCUCCCUUCUCCCUCUGCAGCUGCCCCUGCCUCUGUGGAGACUCCUCUAAACUCUGUGCUGGGAGACUCCUCUGCUUCUGAGCCAGGCUUGCAGGCAGCCGCUCAGCCGGCCGAGACUCCAGCCCCACCGGGCAUUGUCUUGGGACCACCUGCACCUCCACCCCCUCCUCCACUCCCACCAGGUCCUGCCCAGGCUCCAGGGGCACUUCCUCCUCCCCCAGGACCCCCUCCUCCUCCUCCACUUCCGUCCUCAGGGCCUCCCCCACCCCCUCCUCCACCCCCCCUUCCGAACCAGGUACCCCCUCCUCCCCCGCCUCCUGCUCCUCCCCUCCCUGCUUCUGGAUUUUUUGCCGGAUCCACGUCAGAAGACAAUCGCCCCUUAACUGGACUGGCAGCUGCCAUUGCUGGAGCAAAACUUAGGAAAGUGUCACGGAUGGAGGAUGGCUCCUUCCCAAGUGGGGGCAAUGCCGUUGGUGUGAACUCGGCCUCAUCCAAAUCAGACGCAGGUCGUGGAAACGGACCCCUCCCUCUAGGGGGUAGCGGUUUAAUGGAGGAAAUGAGUGCCCUUCUGGCCAGGAGGAGAAGAAUUGCUGAAAAGGGAUCAACAAUAGAAACAGAACAAAAAGAGGACAAAAAUGAAGAUUCAGAGCCCAUACCUUCUAAGGCCUCUUCAACGAGUACACCUGAACCAACAAGAAAACCCUGGGAAAGAACAAAUACAAUGAAUGGCAGCAAGUCACCUGUUAUAUCCAGACGGGAUUCUCCAAGGAAAAAUCAGAUUGUUUUUGACAACAGGUCCUAUGAUUCAUUACACAGACCAAAAUCUGCGCCCUCGUCACAGCCCAGUGCCAACGGAGUCCAGACGGAGGGGCUGGACUACGACAGGUUGAAGCAGGACAUUCUAGAUGAAAUGAGAAAAGAAUUAACAAAGCUAAAAGAAGAGCUCAUAGAUGCCAUCAGGCAGGAACUGAGCAAGUCAAAUACCGCAUAGAGAAACAAACUAAGGAGAGAUAGGACUUUAAUCUGCAGAAAGGAAAAAACACCUACAGACAACAACUGUUAACAACAACACACCCCUACAUUUUGUGAGCUGUGAGAAGAUGGAGACAGUCGGAAGGAGGGAAGCACCAACAGACUUUGAAAGCCUUCAGACAUCAUACUCUGGCGAUAAGCUCUUUCCCUCCCAGUUUGCUGCUGUUUUCUGACCUUUUCAACAGGAUGGAAGAGUCGUUUAAGAGUUCCUGGAACAGUUAUGCAGAAAAUACUAAGCCCGUCAGGCAAGAUCGCUGUGCGUUGAAAUAUUUUCAUGUCAAGAUAGAAAUCUCUCAUUUUCCACAGUCUGUUGCUAAAAUAAAGAGGAGAAAGGCUUCAGAGGUUUUUUUUCAGAGCGUGCUGAUGAAGAGUUCAGCAAGUUAUGCUGUUGUAUUGUAAAUGUUUCUCUCAGGUUUGUCUUCCUAUCAUAUUAUUCCAUGAGUAUUGAGAUGAGCCCUGUGUAGGUGGAGAUCACCAAAUGUGGAACAAAAGGGACUGUUACGUGCUUUCAAAGGGUGAUAUUUAUGCGAAAGUGUCCUAAAAAUGAUUUGUCCCGCUUGAGGAAUUUUAGAAUGAUAGGAAGUCUCUCGAGUUAGCCUUCAUGCAAUUUUGUAGAUUAAAACAUAAAAUUCGUCCAGAAUUUAAAGAUUUAGAUGCCUUCCUAAAUUGUUACAAUGCUUUACCAAAUCUAUGACUCCUACAUAACACAAACCAGUGGUCAAAUGUAAAACAAUAUAUUGUAGAUUUACUGUAGGUUUUCAACCUUUUUUAGAUUUAUGCAUGUGGACAUUUUUAUAAUGUAAUUACAACCACCACAAAAUUAGCUUUUUUAAUUGCAGGCGGUAAUGCAUGUCACGGUAAUACGUAGCGGCCUUUUCAAGGCCUCGUCCCAGGGAAAAACAUUUUGUAGCGUAUUGGGGAGUGGGAGGAAGGGACGGAAUAAUUUUUUAUUUAAAGCUAAUUUCUGCACUAUCUUUUUUCUCAAUUACCUGCAUGAAAAAAUAACAAAGACUAUUUUGUGACUUUAAUUGGUAAAUAUGUUAACAGAACCAAGUACUUAAUCUUUUACAUCAUGUCUUCAGCUCUUUGUAUUUGAACUUCCGUCAUUUCAAUGGUCUGAAACAUGAUUCGGAGCUUCACACGGAGUUUUAUCUUCCUGUGGAACUCAAAAGCUCGGUCCCCGAACUUGGCCGUGACGGUCACCGAGGUGCCCUGCAGGUGUACAGGCGGUCAGGCCCAUGCUCCUGACGGUGAAGCUGCUUUUGAAUUUUGUUACGUUGAAUUACAAGAACGAACAAUGACGGCAGCGGUCAAGGUCACAGAGGUCAUUCGCUAAGGGGAAACCCGCGAGGAGCCCUGCGUAGUUUUCCUUUAAUAAAUAAAGUGAGACUUGGGUGGUGGGAAUGAGGAAUUAGAUAACUCUACUUAGCACUGUGUGUGCGCAUGUGUUGUGCACACGCACGUGUAUAUGUAAUCCACUCCCUUUUCUUUGAAAUUUGUAAGAUUAAAAUAGGGGAGAAAUCCUGUCUCUUGCAAUGAUAGAUUUUUUUUUUUUUUUAAUUUAGGAAAUCAAAAAUUCUCCAGGCUCACCAUCUUGAUUCAUGCUUGAGUUAUGUGCCAUAUUUGCUUUGAAAUCUUUGAUUAUCAGAAGUUUUACUAAAAUUUUGAAGAAAUGAUCAGUUUUCAUUUGCUUUCUGAAUUUUGUAUGUCUCCAUUCGUCAGCCGGAGUGUGUUGGUAGCAUAGUUUCCCAGCUGCUGCCGAUAUGCAACGUGAUCAUGCCAGAGAGGUUUGGGUGAGGGGAUUUGUUUCCUUGUGAAAAUAGUGUUUCUGUAGGAACUUCAUUUUUUAGAGUAAUCUGUGAUGGAUGAGCUCUCAUUCAAGUCUACAGUUCUUUUCAACUGCUCAUUGUCUACAUUAGUAGUAGAGGCAUUCUAAAGAUGCAACAAGCUUACAAAGUACUGUUUUCUAAAAGAAAUAGGCAUUUCCAUCCUUGUUAUUGUACUUUCGGUUAUGUAAACACUCAUUAUACAUUUGUGUCCCCUAUAAAUCUGGUCAGAAGUAACUUUUGAUUUUGUUGGUUAAUUUAAAUAGUCUAUAGUAGGAUAGAGGACUCUGGGUACAAGUGGUCCAAAGUAAGAUAAAAGACUACAAUAAAAUGCUAGAUCGUAAAAAAAGAAACUGGUUAUGCACUAAACGUUCUGUGCCUUGGUCUAAUAUUAACAUGAUGUCUGUGUAAAAUGACAAAAAAGAACCAGUGUUGAAUCAUGUUAUAUUUUCCAUCAUUUUGCAUUAUCCCAAGAUGGCUAAAUGUGUUCUUUCCAAAACAUUUGAUUGAAUUACUGUACGCAUCUCCUGUCCCACGUGACAGCUGUUGCUGUUAGAGAUUUCAGUAGUGGAAGUGAGACACAGAAGCUGAAGUUUCUUUCCUCACCCAGACCACGUUGGGGCCCCGUGGUGGCAGUGGCUUCCCGCCCUCUCCAUCGGAUGUCUUAAGCAGUUUCGGGGAUCCUUCCUGACUGCAGGAAGGCACUUCUGUCCUCAACACUGUGACCUGACCUGUGACAAACCUGUCCUCUACACUAUGUAAAUGGCUAACAAGUCAACUGCAAACCAACUGAAUGUACAAAUCUUAGUGCUGGUGCUGAAAUCUCUUCAGAAUAGUCAUCCUGAUUUCAGAGUUUGUUUUGAAAUUUGCAAGCAUCAAGUGUCAAUCAAAACUGAAGAUGAAACACUAAUGAAUGUCGACUUCUCACGCGUUAGGUGUACUUGUUAGAGUUUUCGGUUCUCGGCCGUUUCUGCCGUACUGUUUCAUUGACAUUUC